GUAAAUGUUUAAAUUGAUUCAUCAUCUCAAUUAAGAUAGAUCUUUCACCCAUUGUGGAGAAAAAAAGAUUGAAGUGGACCAACAUGCUUCUUUGCAGGUCGCUGCUGACUCUUUAGGGUUUGGGCUAGACUGGUCUAGUCCUGCUCUUCUUCCAAAUUCUCUAGCGUUGGGAUAAAAGAAAUGGCUAAUCAGCUGCACAGCUACAACUCCGUCUAUGGUGCGGCGUCUGCCUCUGCCUCUGCCACUGCGGUUCCAUCUCUUCCCACCACGUACUCGUCUUCCCGUUCCCUUUCCGACAUCGUCUCCGGCCGUUAUCUCCUGCCAGACUCGCUGUCCUCCGGUGUCUCCAUUAAGCAGUCUGUAACUGAUCGUGGUACCUCCAUGUAUUCGACCCAGAAAGAAGGCCCGUUGUCGUCUGCCGAUAUUGUCCCAAGGACGUCGCAUUUGGUCACUCAAUUCUCUUGGCCGGGUUCUCAUGUGGCAGCUGCACUGGACUCUGUUAUUUCUGGCAUCAAACGUUCUUCUGACGUGCUCUACGAUCAGACUGUUUUGGGUUCCUAUAACACUUUGGGGCAAAGUGAAGCCUGGUAUACUUCAAAUUCUUUAGCCAAGCGUCCUAGAUUUGAAAGUACAAGCAAUUUGCCUGUAUAUCCACAGAGGCCAGGAGAGAAGGACUGUGCCCACUAUAUGCUCACAAGAACCUGUAAAUUUGGAGAUAGCUGCAAGUUUGACCAUCCUAUUUGGGUUCCUGAAGGUGGAAUCCCAGAUUGGAAAGAGGUCCCACAAAUAGCUAAUAGUGAAGAUCUCCCAGAAAGACUUGGGGAUCCAGAUUGUCCAUACUUUUUGAAAACUCAAAGAUGUAAAUUUGGUUCAAGGUGCAAGUUCAAUCACCCUAAAGAUAGAUCUGAUUCUGUGGGUGCUGAAAAAUCUGAUGCUUCAAAAUUACCUGAGAGACCAUCUGAGCCACUGUGUGCAUUCUAUAUUAAGACGGGAAAUUGCAAAUUUGGUAUCAACUGCAAGUUCCAUCACCCAAAAGAUAUCCAAAUUUUAUCGGGGGAAGAAAAUGGAAAUAGCGAACAAACUUUGAUGGCAAAGACAGAAGAAAGAGCUGGAGACGUCAAGCUUAAGCCGCCUCCUGUUUCAUUGUCACCAGCCCUAAUGCACAAUUCUAAAGGACUUCCGAUUAGACCGGGCGAAGUGGAUUGUCCAUUCUACUUGAAAACUGGCAGUUGCAAGUAUGGUACCACUUGCCGCUACAAUCACCCUGACAGAAAUGCAAUCAAUCCAUCUACUCCUGCAAUGGUUCAUCCUGCUAUGGUUUCAACUGCUAAUAUGAAUACUGGAUUUGUUAAUCCUUCUAAUGCUAUUUAUCAAGCUGUUGACCCCAGAUUGAUUCAGCCAUUGUUGGGAUCUGGCUCAAGUAUUUACCCUCAACGACCUGGGCAGAUAGAAUGUGAUUAUUAUAUGAAGACUGGGGACUGUAAAUUUGGGGAACGCUGCAAAUUUCAUCACCCUAUUGAUCGGUCAGCACCAAAGCAGGGUGCUCUACAUAAUGUGAAACUAACACUGGCAGGACUACCGAGGAGAGAGGAGGCCAUAAUUUGUCCAUAUUAUCUGAAAACUGGCACAUGCAAGUAUGGCACUACUUGCAAAUUUGACCACCCACCUCCUGGAGAAGUGAUGACAAUGGCUGCAAUACAAUCUGCUCCAGGAAAAGAAGGCGAAGAUCGGAUAGAUGAAUCAGUGGACGAACGGCUGUAGAGAUUUUGGUGGAAUUUGGAAAUUUUAGGCAUCUUUUGGUUUGGUAUUUGUAUGUUCCUUUAUAUGUCUUUCACAAUCAUUGCAGCUUUGUUUAAAUAAAUUGAAGCUGUGAUUUCAUAGUCCUGCAUCGAAGUUAUUCCCUGUAUUUGACAGAGCAAUACUCUUUCUUCCCUCCCUCCACCCCUUCCCUCCUUUUGCAAUGUUAAUGUCCGCGUAUUGAUUUGACAAGUGAAAUUGAGAAAUGUCUUAAUCGGUUUUAUGUAUUUAUCGGUUGUUUUGGGUCUA